GACUUCUUGAAUCUGGCUGAAGAGCAAAAAUGAGACCUUUGGCAUACAGUAGUCUUUGGCUUCUUGGCUUCUUUAUGGCAGUUUCUCAAGCUGCAUUCUGCCCGAGGGAAUGGUUAAGGUAUCAGAGGAACUGUUAUGGGCUCUUCCAUGAGAAGCUGAGCUGGCAUGAGGCUGAGAUCAGGUGCCAAACCUACGGCCGGGGGACCCACCUUGCCUCUAUCCUUGCCUGGCCAGAAACAUUGAUUGUGUCCAAACAUAUCUCUGUUUAUAUGAAAGAAAAAGGGGUGGAUGUCUGGAUUGGGCUCAAUGGGAUCUGGAGGUGGACUGACGAGUCUGCUUUCAAUUACAAGAACUGGAUGCGAGGAGAACCCAACAAUCUUUGGAAUUCUGAGUACUGCGUUGCUCUCCGAGCCUCCACAGGUUACAAGGGUUGGAUUGAUGCUGUUUGCAUGAAGAAAAAAGCCUUCAUCUGCAAAUAUCAAAUUUAG